AAAUAUUAAUAAGAGUAUUGUCUUUGCUAAUUUCACAUUCGUGCGGCUCUUUUAACGUCUCAUUCCUAUCUUUAUUGUUUCAUGGUGUAAUUCAGCAGCCUUCAAAGAAAAAUACAUAAUAUAUAAUAAUAAAUAAUUAUUAAUAAAUAACGAAUAGCGUUAAUAAACAGCGUUGCACAGAAGUUGAUCUCUGGAAGGAAUGCGGAUCUAAUCGAUCAGUUUUUAUCCGUUCUAAUAUCAUUUGCAAUUCUAAUUUACUAUUUAUCAAUGCGAUUACACGUAACUGUAAUCAAUUAAAACUAUAAACACGAUACAUCGAGAGACUUGUGCUCCUCUGGUCUCUCUGGCUUGUGUAACGGCCUCGGAGCUUAUCUCGUGUGCAAGUUGCACGAUGAACAUAUCGUGUGGUUAAUAGUCGAUAAGUCAAUGAAAAUGAAGACGAAAUAACCCCUAAAUUCCCGAUUGUCUCGUUAAGCCUCCCAAAUUUCGCGAAGUAAAAAGAAUAAUCCUACAUUGUUUCGAUAUACUAUAGCAGUAUCAUAAUAUUUUACAUUUGCAAUUGCAGGAAAAUAAGUUGCACUUUAACUUUCAACUUUAAGCGUUAGCCUGAAAAUUGAUAAUAUCGAAAAAUGAGUAGUUCAACAGAAAUUGUGGUUGAUUCAAAAUUAUAUGAUAAAACAGAUUUUUACAUAGGUUUAGGACUCGUAAUUAGUUCCAGCGUUUUUAUAGGAGCUAGUUUUAUUAUAAAAAAGAAAGCAUUAAUUCAUCUUCAAAGACGCGGUGCAGUGCGAGCUUCGUCCGGAGGAUUUGGAUAUCUAAGAGAAUGGAUGUGGUGGGCUGGUCUCCUGUCAAUGGGAGUAGGUGAAGCAGCCAAUUUUGCUGCAUAUGCUUUUGCACCAGCUUCUUUGGUUACGCCUUUAGGAGCACUCAGUGUUCUAAUAUCUGCAGCAUUAGCGUCAAAGUAUUUAAAUGAAAAGCUCAAUUUGCUCGGAAAGAUCGGUUGUUUUUUAUGCAUCUUAGGUUCUACGAUGCUCGUAAUCCAUUGUCCCAAAGAAGAUGAAAUUAUUACAUUAAAGGAAUUAGUAGAUAGAGUAAAAGAUCCAGGUUAUAGUAUCUAUAUUUUAAUUGUAACACUAUACAGCUUUCUAACAAUUUUUUAUUUUGGACCUCUUUAUGGAAAUCAAAAUAUUAUCGUAUAUAUUUCUUUGUGUUCAUCCGUUGGUUCGCUAACUGUUAUGAGCUGUAAAGGAUUAGGGCUAGCUUUAAAAGAAACUAUUACUGGAUUUAGUAAUGGAUUCACAAACUGGUUAACAUGGGUCUUUCUAUUUAGUCUAAUACUUUGCAUUAGCGUGCAAAUGAAUUAUUUGAAUAGAUCGUUAGAUUUAUUUGAAACUACGAUGGUUACACCAAUUUACUAUGUAUUCUUUACAACAUUAGUAAUAAUUGCAUCUGCCAUAUUAUUUAGAGAAUGGGAAAAUAUGAAAAGUGAAGACAUUUUGGGUUGUUUCUGUGGUUUCUUCACUGUUAUAAUUGCAAUAUUUUUAUUAAAUGGAUUUAAAGAAUUGGACAUACACUAUGGUAAUAUUAAGCACAUGUUAUUGCCUGAAAGAGAGUUACUCUUAAGUAACAACACCCAGUGGAACAAUACUGAUGAAGAAACGUUAACAACAAGAUUAGACACGGAAUUGGAACACACAUAUGGCGCUCAAACUUUAACAAGAACUAUAUAAUUAUUUAUUUUCAUGUAUUUAUUACACACUGUUAUAAAGGUGAUUACAUUCGACGAAUUAAAAACUGGAUACAAAAAUCCGAUCGAGCAAUGUAACAGUUUAAAUCCGUUAGUUAUUCCAGAAUACAGUUUGCACAUUCUGAUCAAUGUUUUAUUUUUAAUAAGUGGACAAUGGUUUUCAUUGCUU